AUCUUAAUUAUGAACACACUGGUUCAUAGUGAAAACUGUUUUACUGUUUCAUGCACUUGUUAUUUCCCUACAACGGCUAAUAAAUCUCCCACAUUCACAGAAAACGGCUUACUUUCAAGUUGAAAAAUACAGUGCGCGUCUGCCCUCAAGGCCUCGUUUUCAUCCGGGUUAGUCAUGGUGCCUAACCAGUAUGCUGCCUAACCUGAAUAAGGUCUAAAGGCCUAAUGUUUUGCAGGACGGACAAAACAUUUAUUUAUUUAAUUAUUUAUUUAUUUAUUAUUAUUAUGUGCUAUUAAAAUGGCUGACAAUGUCACUGCUAAUUUACUGAUUUAAAAUAAUGGUGUUGCUAUUUUUUAUUUUAUUGAACCAGCAGGUGGUAGUAUUGUAGUACCUUCGUCUACUAUUUGUUCUGAAGAUGCUCAACCGUUCCCAUCCUUUAUUCAGAUAUUAGAUACUCCAGUGCUGUCACAUAGUUGUCAUCCUUUCAAACGCUUUCCGUUUUGUUUUUUGUUUUUUCUAGUUGUAAAAUUUGCAAGCAUUGUUAUUGCACAGAUUACUUUCAUGGCAUACGGGCAUCAAUCAUAAAGGAUUUAUGAAUUAUGAUUUGACAGCAGGGUUCAGGUAUUUACAAUGGUGUUCCCACACAGUGUGUGAAUUCCCAGUAUAUCUUUUUACAGAAAUGAGGAGGAAUCUUAAAUUAAUGCAAUAUCCGCUAUUUUUUCUUCCACAAAAUAUGAUUAAAUUACAAUAUAAUACUACAUUGCUGUUACAUGAGAUAGAGAGCGCAGUGGCGAAUUUGUCUGCUUGGUUCUCUUUAUGUUUUUCUUUCUGUUGUCUUGUUACUGUGUCUUCGGUGUGGCUAAAAUAUUUAUCAUGCAGUUAAAGGAUGAAAUCAGAACCUGAAGCUCUCGUAAAUUCUCAUUUCUAGGGAUGUUGCCUCAUAAAUAUAUGAAUUAUGGCUCAUAAAUGAACUACACACCGCAUCCACAGUAGUCUUGAAGGAAUCCGUCCUUGACUGCACAGGUGGUUUGACUUCUUAAACAAGUAUGUCACAUACGUCACACUAUGAUUUAGUGAUCUCUGCAGUCAUAUGAAUUCAUCUCAACUGAGAACAAGAUUGAAGAACACAGGGAACUAGCUUCCUUGCACAAAUAGUUUUGUUCAGUGGACAAAAACUAAAAAUCAUCUAGGUGUGACGCAUCCAUGUAUAAUAUGUGAAAUGCGUUCUCACACCAAGGGGCUUUUGGCACAAACGAGUGUAUGUGCUUCAUUCAAAGUUCUUUGUCAGAUAUCACCAUGCUCAGUUAAAACUGACCCUUUAGCCUUUAGCAGGGGUGUCUUGAUCUAGCAGCUCUCAGAGUACAAAAGAUGAUGCUCGCAUGCGAGACAGACAAACAAAGGCUAUUUUUGGCGCUCUGUGUUUCAUACCUUGUGGCACAUUAUCACAUUUCUGGUAUUCAUAAUGUUGUAUUCCCAGGAGAUGAUGCAACAUUUUAUGUUUCAGAUGAUUUAUACACAAUAGGCUCUUAAUUUACGUUCUAAGACGUUGACAUUUAAUACUGAUUUACAUGUACAAAAUUGUGCUUUUGAUAGAAAUAGAAACCUAUUAACAUAUACGCAGAUGUUUGUAGUUAUAAUCACAUUUAUCAGUCUUCAUUUAUAGUGACUUAUCUGAACUGCUGUCUGUUAAAUAUGUUUCAAAUCUCACUUUCACUGUAUUCAAAGACUGUCGGAUUAAUUUUAUAAUGUGGGACAGUACUGUAAGGUAAUGUAGUAGGAGGGAUGAGACACUCCCUUCACCUAAAUCACGCCUGGGGUCCAGGGCUAUUUAAGAAGCAUCUCAUCACCUUUCUCAAAUUGUGUCCCUGGAGUUAAACAGGUAUGGUUUACCAUUUCUUUACACUUUAUACACUUCAUAUUUACUGCUUUUCCUCUUAAAUGUUAAUCAACAACAGUGAAUUCUAGAUAAGUGCAUUCAUUUUAAUUAUAACUAAGUUAAGUGAGUUAAGUUUUAUUUUCAACUGUUGCUCUUUAAUAGGAAUGAUGCUGUGUCUCUGCGUCUGUGCGCUGGCUCUCGUCCUGCAGCCGGUUUAUUCGGCCUAUAACUGCUCCUUGGAGUAUAACAGGGUUCCUGACAACAAUGAUCUGGCGGUAAACUGUGGCACCAACAUGAUCACUCUGGAGGUAAACCUGUGUACCGCUGAGUGGGCAGGCUUUGACCCCAAUGGCUUGGCCCUGAACGGGGAACGCACUAACGGCCAGUGCAAGGGCAUCAUUGACGCUACUGUCAACCCACCUGUCAUCCGCUUCCAGCUGCCAGUCAACCACAGCCAGGAGAACCCAUGUAGACAGUCUCUGCAGAUUGUGGAUGAGAAGCCCAGCUCCUCCGGUCCAUUCAGCAUGUUCUCCAGCAUUCAGUCCGUCGUCAUCACAGGAUACAUUGAUACGCCCAGCUCCGCAGAGGGCGUCAUCAGUUACUCCACAGACCUCUACUACCACUUCUCUUGCCGUUACCCUCUGGAAUAUCUCAUCAACAACACUCAGAUUGUAGCGUCAUCAGUGUCAGUGGCCACUCGAGACAACAAUGGUACUUUCAUUGACACUCUCAGCAUGGGAGUCUUCAACAGCACAGAUUUUAAUAGCCCGUUGGUGGUUCCACCUACUGGGUUAGACCUGCGCACCAAAGUCUACGUUGAAGUAAAAGCUGUCAAUCUGACUGGAAACUUUUAUCUCUUGAUGGAUCACUGUUUUGCGACCCCAUCGCCAUAUAAUUACACCAACAGCAAACAGCACAGUUUUUUCACAGGAUGUGUGGUAGAGAACCGGACAGCUGUGCUUUAUAACGGUCAUUCCAAGUUUUCCAGAUUUUCAUUUGAAGCCUUCCGCUUCGUAGAGCACCGUAAUCAAGAAAUGUCUACCAUAUAUCUGCACUGCAUACUGCGACUUUGCGAACCAAACAAGUGCCAAGAACUUCUUGAUUCUUGCAACAGUACCAGAACACGAAAGCGAAGGGCCCUAGAACCUUAUGGAACGCAAGGCAAAGAUUCUGCCACAGUGUCUGUUGGUCCUCUGUACACCGCAGCCCUGCCGAAUGAUGUUCCCUCUGCAUUGGCCUCUGGAGGCAGUGAGCCGUUAAACAGGAACAAUAUGAACGUGGCUGGAGUGGUGGUGGGGGUCAUUUUUGCCACCGGCGGUGCUGUGUUUCUGGUUAUGGCUGGAUGGUUUGUGCUGAAGAAAUUUCUAUGGGCCGGUGCUCUGCCUCGGGCUUUCCACUAAGAGAUCCAUCAACUCGCCAUCUGCUUUGCAUUGAAUGAAGCUUAAUUUGAUAUGCCGAUAAGACGUCUGAUCACAUCACGGCAUCUGCACAAACCAGCAAAGAGCCGCUUUGCAUAAUGCCUAUUUAGCAUAUUUUAAUCUAUUUAGACAGCACUGUGUAGUUCAGUCACCAUGCGCUUGGAAGAAAACUCAGAUGCGUAAUUCUCUCAUGUAAAUGCAAAUAUGGGCAUUGUCUGAUAUCUUUUAGAUGUUUGUUAUCUGAAUUAUACUGUAAAAGCUGAAAUAGUGAGAGGAACAAACUGUGGAUAUAAUCUUUUGUAAUAUUUUUGAUUACGCAUUGCUGCUUUUACACAUUGCUUGUAUAUUAGCUAUGGGGUUUUCAAAGUUUUUAAUGCCAGGGACCCCCAAAUAUGAUCAAAAGACCCUCUCUUUUAGAUAUAAAGAUAUAAAGGCAGCUAUAUUUGAUCAUGUAUAAAGAACCAUUUAUAUUGUGUAAGAAAUAUUAUGUGUGAUAUCAUAAAGACAAUGUUGUUUCCUAAAUUAAACAAUUGGCUUUUAGUUUGACUGUACCAAAAAAUCUAGAAAGUUUUUAAAUGAAUUUAGUGUAAAUAUAUAUAUAUAUAUAUAUACAUAUAUAUAUAUAUAGGGCUGUCAAAGUUAACUUUUUUAAUCAAAUGCAGUCUUUCUAGUUUAGAAAAUAGUUUUUGUUGUGUAUAAUUUUCAAAUUUUCUACAGACCACAGAUUGAAAACCCCUGUAUUAGCCAAUGAUUUGCUGCUUCUUGUAAUUGAAUAUGAUAUAUCACAGUUGUUUAGAUGUGAUUUAUUUUGAAGGAACUUUAUUCAUAUUCUGUAGUUGAGGCAAUAAUCAGUGACAGCAUAUAUUCAUUUCAAAUAUGUACAAAUUGAACUUUAUUUACGUUGCAUGUUAGUUCACACAUUACACAAAAUAUUUUCAGUAAAAGGAAGAAAGUUUUUCUGUUG